AUGGGAGGAUUGUCUGAAUUGGAGCUCAAAGUAUAUCAAUACAUUAACGGAAAACCCAAAGGCAGCGAAGGCUCGUCAAUUGCCAAGAACUGUGAAAUUCCUGUCGAAAAUGUGGCAAAAAUUAUCAACAGCCUGUCACGAAAGGGCCUCAUUGAGAUGCGUUCAGAUAAAGAUGGCAAAUUAACGUAUAAUGCGGUGACAGCUUCUGAUAGAAAAAAGAUAAACGACUUAGAUGAAGAUGAUAGGUUAGUAUAUAAUACAAUCAAAGCUGCUGGGAAUGAAGGAAUAUGGACACGCAAUUUAAAGACCAAGACGAAUCUUCAUCAGACAGUCAUAACGCGAAGUCUAAAGAAUCUUGAAUCGAAACAGCUUAUAAAAGCCAUUAAAUCAGUCAAGGCUCCAACUCGUAAGAUAUAUAUGCUCUAUGAAUUGACACCUUCAGCAGAGGUAUCUGGUGGUCCUUGGUUCACUGAUCAAGAGUUGGAUACAGACUUUGUCGAGACACUCACAAAAGCCAUACACAAGUUCAUAUAUUCAAGGAGCUUUCCUCGAAAAGAUGCUUACACAGUCUUUCCAGCUUCUCGUGGUGGUUUUGUAAGUGCGGUCCAAAUUCACCGCUUUAUUGAAGAAAGCAAACUGACCACAGUUGACCUCUCGCUCGAUCAUAUCAACAGUCUCCUUGAUCUACUAAUAUUUGAUGGUAAGAUUGAACGAAGGAUAUCCGACUCGGGAGCAGCCGCGAUGGAUUUGAACGAUGUCGACGAUGAUGAGCCCGAGAUUGUAUACAAGGCUGUGAAGGAUAGACGAGGUGGUGGUAAUCCGUGGACUGAUACGCCAUGUGGAAAAUGUCCGGUGAGCAUGCUCGAUGAAUCAUACUCUGUCAAGUCUGGAUCCUAA